CCAGAUAAGGCCUGGGCCAACUUGCUGUAUAAAAAGUGUAAAACAAAGACGAAGACCAAGAACACAGCCAGCUCUACGAAUGCUAUACUUUCCUUGCUCCAUCUCCAACGCAUCCUUCCAUUGCCGGACCUUAAAUUCUCAAUCCAGGGAUUGCGAGGACGUCCAAGCAGAACCACCUCCGACGAUCGCCGCGGCGAGAAGGCAACCAUGUGUGGGUGCUGCGACGGCUGCGGCGAGAGGGUCUGCUGCUGCAUCCCCUACGGCGUCCGGGACGACAUCAAGAACUGCCUCAUCCUCCUCGCCGUCGUCGCCGGCCUCGUCGUCGUCGCCGGCGUGGUCAUCGUCAUCGUCAUCUUCGGCGGGCCCCUCCGCCACGUGCGGAUCACCGUGGAGGACGCGUCCCUCACCCGCUUCGCGCUGGUGAACGAGCCGCCGACGACCGCGCUGGCGUACAACCUGACGGUGGCGCUGACCGUCCGCAACCCCAACUGGGCCAUCGGAAUCAAGCACAACAAGCCGCUGGAGGCGGCGUACAGCUUCGACGGGCAGCCGUUCGAGCGCGUGCAGGUCGCCGACAAGGGCGAGAAGCUCGGCGCCCGGAAGACGGUGGUGUACCGCCUCGCGUCGGGCUCGGAGGGCCGGGCGGCGGCGCUGGGCAACGCCGGCGAGGCCGAGUUCAGGAAGGAGAACGCGACGGGGGUGUUCGAGCUGGAGGUGGCCGUCACCGGCAAGUUCAAGUACACGCUGCGCAAGACCAAGUGCAAGAUCGAGGCCACCUGCCCGCUCAAGCUGCAGCUCGCGCCGCCGGGGACGACGGCCGUCGUCGCGUUCCAGAAGGUCGACUGCAAGCUCGCCAAGUCGGAUGAUAAGUACUGCUAGCCUGGAGGUGGUUUGAUUUAGAUGGAGUUCAAGUGUAUGGGGUUGCUUGUGAUUUCUACACCAUUGUUUGUGGUUGGUGCUGGUUGCGAUUGAAUUGUUCUCUGAAUUCAUUCUUUUGCUUGCGAGAUGUAUGAACAAGAUUUGCUUAGCUUUCUUGAAACUUGAACAAUCGAGCUUUCUUCUGCUUGAAA